CGCGGAGUGGGGUGUAAUUUAAACGAUGCCUUCCCGUCCCGUCGGAGAAACGUGACACGGAGCUGCGUCUAUUGUGACCCGCGGCUGGAAGCUGACACUCUCUGUGGCUCUUUCGGAUGGAGCGCGCUUUGGGUUUUUUCUCCCCCGGUAGAAGGAAGGAGGGGCGAUCAGCUGUCAUCCUCCCCCUGCUGCUGCUGCUGCUGCUCCUCCUCCUCGCACUCGGCUGCCAGGUUCGACGCCGCGCCGCGACGGGCGGACGUUGGAAAGGUGUAGAUGGAGAACCGCGGUGGCUCCAUGGCGACGGAGGGGUUGUUAGGUAGAGAAAUGCCCGGAUGCGACUUUACAACUGGAAGGGUCCGCCGAGCGGAUGAUUGCUCCCAUGUGCUCGAUCGAGGCUCACGGCAGGUGCAUCGUUUUUUUUUUUGUUUGUUUUCCUGUAUCCAAUUCUCCCCCUGAAGUGCCCGAGUGUCCGAGAUACGAUCUCAAACAGACAAAAAAAAGGACCAGCAAAUCCGGAUGAAAACAGAAUCUACAGACACCGAUAACGUGUUUGCUGCUGCCCCGUGUUGUUAUUCUGUCAUGAGCUCUCUCUCCCGGUUAAAACGCCGCGAUAGCAUCGUCCGAACUCGCUCGUCACCGCGCGCAGGGAGAAGGAGGAGGAGGAGGAACAGACGGCUGAGCUCCAGCAGAAGAAGAAGAAGAAGGCGUCUCGGCGGCGAGCUGCGACGGAGCCGGGGGAGAACAUGUUUUGGGUUUUUUUAGCUACAAUGGAGCACGCAUAAAGAGAGUAUCCUCCUCUCGCUGCACACAGCGCGGUACAUUAAUUUCCCCAUCCUGAAAUCACCAAAACAACAGCAAGAGCGCUCGGCUGCCCCCCUCUGGUCAAAGACAGAAGAGCAAUGACUACAUCAAGUGAGCCUUCAGUAACCUCGUCGUUAAAGCAAGAAAACAUUUGGCACCAGGGUCCAUGCCCCCCGGGGGAUCCCGGCGUUUGAAUCCAGGGGGGAGUCGGUGUGCGGAGGAAUGAUAUGGACAGAGAGAGGGUGUUCAAGGUGGGGGCUGGGUGGAGGUAGAGGAGCUGCAGCCUGAUGGGGUCUUGCAGAGACGCUGCCCACAGGGGAGGAGUGAACGCUCAGCUGUCUGAGACAGGUGUCAAAGGGCGGGGCACUGAGGUUGUGAUACCGCCGAGCACAGCCGAGGGGCAAAGGCACCGCUGAGGACUCAGUAUGCAGAGGGCAUCAGCGCAGAGGCGCGACGGUGUUUGCAUUUUGAAUAGAUAAGAUGUGAUUGCAGACAAGAAAGAGACGAGAAACUGGCCUCUUCAUCGAGGCUGCCACAGUUUUAAUCAGCAAUUCAUCUGAUUCAAGACACGCAAGCUUCCCAAACUUUCCCUCCUGUGACUAAUCCAACAGCUGCUUGUCUUUCUCGGUCCAUCUCUGCCCGUGUCUCCGUCCCCUCCGCCUUCCUCUCCUUCAACGUCCUGCAGACCUCUAACCUUCCUUCUUUUCUUUUUUUUCUUCUGGGCAGCACAGCAACCUGCAGGCUCUGAUGAGAAGUCUGAGCUAAAAUGUCACAGGGAUUAAGGGGGUUUUGCCUCCUGCAUCCCACCAGAUCAGUUAUGGCUGCCCCUCCUCCCCGAAACAGGUGCGGAGCGGCAUUUUCUCUCUCAGUUCCUCUGUGCCCUUAUUGAAUUUUCCUUCUGGGGAAAUAACAUUCCUCCGUGUUUACGGAUGAGUAAGGAGGGAAACAGGAGUCGGGGAGAGGCGAGGGCAAGGGAUGAAGAGGAAUGAGGAGGAGAGCAGAUUGGAGAUGAAGAGAGAUAAACCGAGGGGAGCACGGAUCAGGGGAGAGGAGAAGAUUCUUCAGGAAGAGAAAAAAGUGUUUCUACAGUUUUGUACAGUGGGACUAUGCCUCGAAUUCGAUUGUAAUGGUAGAAGUGUUUAAAAAGUUAUAGUUUCAUAUGGUAAAAGUCGAAUUUAAUAAUUUCUCCUUCCAGACACACACACACACACACACACACACUUUUCUGCAGCUGUUUCUUCAAUAAUACAGUUAGACAGAUAUGAAAAUUGGAUGUCUCCGGAGAUGUCGAGGGGUUUUACAUCACGUAGUUUCAGCUGCUGCCAUACAGAAUAUAACAUAUUAUGCAGGGUUCUCUUUCUGUCUGCGCAAAGUUAAGAGUAAGGAGCCCAAUCACCCACAUGGGUGACCCUGCCCAUCUGCAGCAAAGGACACAUCAGACCUUGUCAGUGGUGUUGUGCUCUGUUAUCGUGAGCAGAUAAAGUGUCUAAACACAGUAACGGUACAAAAAGUGUUCUCAGUUAAAAAGUGUUUUUGUUCUGAGGAGACUGUCCCGACGAAGUGGGCAUCAUCGGAAGACAGAGUGACUUUUGUCGACAAGCCUCGACAGCCUCUUUCUCCAAGCAGCGAUUGGGUUCGUCGCAGGGCCAGCGAGAAAGCUCAGACAUCUGAGACCAACCGUUGUAGUGUGUCACGGGUGUGUCCGUCAUCGAGAUCGAAUGUCCAUGCUUGGCCUCAUUCUCAGAUUCAACAAAUGACGGGAAAGAGCAAAAAAAGAAAAAUCCAUCCAAGUCAUUCAUUGUUCUGUGCCGUGGGUGUAAAUGUGCCAAGACAGAAAUCUAGGUCAUUUCUCCAUCAUUAGUAUGCCAGCCAGGUGUUGCGCAAAGAGGAUUAAAGGGAAGUAAUGCCAACGGGGCUCUCUAUGUCCUAUCUCUCCUUCUUUCUCUGUAUCUGUCUAUCUCUGUCGGAUUCAAACAAAAACAAUCACACUCAGGAGCUCCUGCUGUCAUCUAUGAGCACCAUAUCCAUGACAAGUAGUCCCAACUUGCAGUAAAACACGCAUGCAUCACCCGACUCUGAUAAUUGAACAAGGAAUAUUUCCCACAUUUGAAUUCUGACACUGUGUGAGAUCGUGAAAGUGCUGGGGCCAAGUCGGUCUCCCCUGUGACUUGCUCCUCCCAGAGAACAUCGUAUUCGAGUCGGUGAAGUAGCGAUGUUGUAUUUAUUCCAAUUUCCAAAAAUGAGCUGGAAGCAUUGCCUCGACGUGGAAAAGCCCCUGAUUAGCCCCUGGAGAGGUCGAUGACAGGGAGGAGGAAGUCUUCAUGAUGGAACCCCAGCCAAUCACGAUGUACUUCAGUUGCACUGGCAGCGGGAGCAGCAGGAGCCGAUGUGUGGACGGGGAACCAGGAGGAGGACACACAAGGGCAGGAGCUAGAAAGGAAACGGGGGUAGAUUUUUGAAUAAGUCCAAAAUAGGAAAGAAAGCAUGAUAUACGAAACUGUGAACGCAAGAUUAGAUUUGUCUGAGCAAAUCCCCACCUUCAUAACAACAGCCUGGUCCAGUGCCGGACAGGCUCACGACAGAUUGUGUGAAGGGCACCAGGGAGUACACACAGGGUCACACACUAGCAGUGAAUGAUGAUGUAUAAUUCAUGCAGCACGGUGGAAUUGUGAAAUGAUGCAUUUUUUGUAAUGCUGCACUGAGGCCUCUGGAAAAAUAAGAUGUGCCUCAAGAGACGGAGCCUGCUAGAAAGUCUCCAUCACCACAGGCCCUUUGGAGAAUGUUGACGUGGGGAAAAUACGGGUCGACCUUCAAAACGACCGACCUGUGGGAAGCGUCAUCAAGAUGAUUUCAUCCAGCCCCUGCACAGGCACGGCGAGGUCCCUGAACACACCAGAGCCUUAUUUGUCCAGAGACGGGACACAGCAGGUGUCGAGGCUGAAUGCCCGGUGCCUCGGCUCAUCCACCAAAAAGGGAGCCAAAGGAGUCAGAGGAGACCGGGCUGCUGCAGGAUCACGCCGAGAGGGGAGCGGCGUGCGGACUGGGAGCAUCAUAAGAGGAGACAUUUGGGCUGGGAGCAGUUGAGCCGGAGACCUGGAGUGCAGGCAAAAUCUGUGAGGGAGAACAGGCUCUGCUGUAGCAAGCCAACAGCCGGGCCCAGAUUGGCACCAACUUGACAUCAUCAACAUCAUCAUCAUCAUCAUCAUCAUCAACAUGGCAGCAGAGCUCCUCCAGGCCACCGGGGGCAGAAGGGAGCAGAUGGAGCAGCAGAUGAUGCAGGUGUCCUCCUCCUCCUCCUCCUCCUCCUCCUCCUCCUCCAGCUCUUCCACUUUCACCUCGUCUACAGGCUCCAACAAAUUGCGAAAAGUGUCCCAGGGCUUGCCAAGGACCCUGGAAGAGCACUCGGGGGUUCAGCGCAGGGCCUCGGCCCUGGUGGAGUCCUUCAGCCAGGUGCAGAGAACCCCCCAGAUCCCCAAGGGAGAGUCUGUCCCAGAUUUCGAGGAGAAGCUGCGGCCCAUCACUGCCCAAGAGGGCGACGGUGCAGCGUUCAAGGCCAAAGUGACGGGGAAUCCCCGGCCCAGCGUGAGCUGGGAACGAGCCAGCGGGGGCCCGCUGCCCGAGGCAGCGAAGUCUUUCUGUGACAGCAUCAACAGUCAGCACGUGCUCAAGAUCAAAAGCUUGGCCCUGGACGAUGCUGAUGUCUACAAGUGCAUCGCUUCCAACGAGCACGGCGACGCCACUUGCUCCGUAUCCCUCGCAGUUACCGAGAACCCAGCGUUGGAUUUCAAAAAGAUGCUGAAGAAGCGCGUGGGGAAAAGAGAGGAGAGGAAGCCGCCCACAGAGGAGGAGAUGUUGACGAUCCUGGCUGGAGCUGACAGGAAGGACUACGAGAGGAUCUGUGCCGAGCACGGCUUCACCGACUUCAGAGGCAUUCUCAAGAAGCUGAAGGAGAUGAAGAAGAAAGUGGAGGUGGAGAUGGUGCGCGUGUUAAAGCCCCUGGAGGACAUCAGUGCCAAAGUUGGCACCAACGUCGUCUUCGACACCGUCUUGGAACUGAAGGAUCCAAACAUCAGGAUGCAGUGGUUUCUGGGCACGGAGCUGCUGCGGAUCCAGUACUCUCACGAGAAAUACGAGGCGAAGCAGAUGGGAACCAAGCACAUGCUGUGCAUUUCGAGCGUGGGCCUCGGGGACACGGGCACCUACGCUCUGCAGAUCGGACACAAGAGGCUGUCGGCCAGGCUUAACGUCACAGAUGAACCUUUGAAAUUCCUGUCCGACUUCAAGCCGAAGAAAGUGACAGAGCGCCAGACUGCCGUGUUUGAGGUCCGUCUCUCCAAGAGGACAGAUGCGCCGCUCAUCUGGAAGGUGCGGGGAAAGGAAGUAAAAAGGGACGAAAAGUUUGAUGUGACCUUGUCCGACGACGGUCGGACCUACACCCUGAAGAUUAAGGACGUGAAAGUCAGUGACACCGGAGACUACGCCGUCAGCAUCGGAGACCUCACCGCCACCGCGCCACUUUUCAUCGAGCGGAUUCCCAUCCACUUCACCAGCCACUUGAAGAGUGUCAGCGUGCGGGAGAGAGGUAAGGCCCACCUGGUGUGCGAGAUGAGCUCCAAGGACGUGCACGUGCGCUGGCUGAAGGAUGGGCGCGACGUCGCAGCGAGCCGCCGGCACAUCUUCGCGCGCGAGGGCAGGAGGGCAGAGGUCACCGUCGAGGACUGCGAGCUGACGGACGGGGGAGAGUACUCUGUCGUCUGCACUCAGGACAAUGACACGCACGAAUAUGUCACAUCUGCCAAUCUAACCGUGGAUGAGCGCUUUGCCUCCGUGAAGAGUGGCCUGUCAGAUGCUCAGUGUCGGACAGGCUCCCCCGUCGAGCUGAGCCUUGUGCUCGAUGACGAGAAGGUGGACGGAGUGUGGCUGAAGGACGGAGAAGAGGUUUCCGAUCUGAGUGGGGUUCAGGUGGUCAAACAGGGAGCCGUCCACAAGGUGCUCUUCUCUGGUGUGACUCAUGCCCACGAGGGCAAGUACACCUUCAGAGCCAAGGGGGCCGAGAGUGAGGCUGUGCUCACUAUCGCAGACCCCCCAGAGAUUGAUUCUUCCGCGCUGGACUUGUUGGGGGCCCGACCCGUGACUGUGAAGGCGGGACAGACAGCCGCCAUAAAGAUCCCCUUCAGAGGCAAACCGCCGCCCAAGGUCACCUGGUACAGGGACGGGGUUGAAGUGAUGGAGGAUGAGAGGACCAAAGUGGAGAGGACGGCUGACAGCACCUCCCUGGUGCUCAGCAGAUGUGUGCGAGAGGACAGCGGUGCAAUCAUGCUCCGUCUGAAGAGCGACUGUGGCACCGCCGUCGCCAACCUGCAUCUGAACGUGAUUGAUCGCCCAAAGCCGCCUCAGGGGAAAGUGGAGCUCCUCGAGUCGUCAGGACAGUGUGUCAAAAUGAAGUGGAAGGCUCCCCGGGACAACGGCGGUAAGCAGGUGACCAGCUUUGUGAUCGAGCGGCGGGCGGCGGGCAAGAAGUCCUGGACCAGGGCUGGCGAGGUGGACAGCGGCACCACCGUCUUCAGUGAUGACAGAGUGGCGGAGGGCCAGGUGUACCAGUAUCGCAUCCGAGCCGUCAACGCCGAGGGAGUGAGUGAACCUCUGGAGACGGAGGAGGUGCGCGCAGGAGAGCCCGUAGAGCCUCCAGGCACCGCGUCCCAGCCCCAAGUGUCCGACGUGACCAAGAACACCAUGACGGUGAGCUGGGCGCCUCCGGCCCGCGAUGGAGGAGCCCCAGUUCUGGGCUACAACCUGGAGAGGAGGAAGAAAGGCGGCAGCAUGUGGCUGCAGGUCAACAAGGAGCUGCUCACAGAUACAAAUUUCAAGGUGGACGGGCUGGUGGACGAUGUGGAGUAUGAAUUCAGAGUCUCCGGUGUCAACAGGGCCGGAGCAGGAUGCCCAAGCACCAUUUCGAAUGCAGUGCUGGCCAAAGACCCAAUACGUGCCCCCGGCCUGGUGAGGAACCUGUGCGUGACUGACUCCACAAACUCCUCCGUCUCUCUGAGGUGGACACCCCCCGAGCACGGAGACGAACCCUCGGGCUACAUCCUGGAGGUGCGCCCCGCAGACGCCAAAGAGUGGAUGAAAGCGUCCAAGUUCCCCGUCCCGGGUACGGCCUUCACCGUUGGAGGACUUCAGGAGCGGAUGAAGUACCACCUCCGCGUCCGGGCUGUCAACGAGGGAGGGGUGGGGGAGACCGCUGAGCUGUCGGAAGGCGUGUCGGCCAUGCCUCCACCUGUGGCGCCCAGGUUUGACCUCCAGGGAAAGCUGAAGAACCAGAUGGUGGUCCGAGCUGGAAGCACACUUUGCCUCCACCUCAGCUUCACUGCUUCACCUCCUCCGGUGGUAACCUGGUCAAAAGAUGGCGUCCUCACCACAGGAAAGGAAGUCAUUACCAAGAGCCAGGACAACUCCCGGUUCGUCAUCUCCUCCUCUGAGCGAUCGGACUCUGGCGUCUACCGUGCCCACCUGAAGAACGACCACGGGGAGGCUCACUAUGACGUUAGCGUGAGGAUCACAGACUUUCCUCGCCCCCCGAAGAACCUCCGCCUGGAGGAGGAGGUUCCGGGCACGGCGACCCUGCAGUGGGACCACUCCCCAGACCUGUCCGACGACAGAGAGGGAGCCCACUAUGUCAUCCUCAAACGAGACUCCGGCACGGCCUCCUGGUUCACCGUGGCCGAGCGCGUCUUCAGCAGCCGGUACGCGGUCACGGGGCUGCUCCCCGGCAGGAAGUACCACCUCAGGGUCGUUGCGCACAACUCUAUCGGGGCCAGCGAUCCCUUGGACACCAAGGAGCCUCUCAUCAUUGCCAAGGAAAAAGAGUGCAUCAGCAGCCUUCGGUUGAGAGAAUACACCUUGCCGCCGCGUCAGGGGAAGCCUUCUUUCCUGCUGCCGCUCAAGGACCACGCUGUUCGCCGGGGACACGACUGCACCAUGAGCUGUGCCUAUCAGGGCAUGCCGACUCCACGGGCCUGCUGGUACAAAGGCGAAUCCAAGAUCUCUGACUGCCCUCGGUUCUGGCACAGCACGGCCAACGGGGUGUGCACCCUGGUCAUCCCCACCUGCGCAGCCAAAGACGGCGGAGAAUACACACUGGUGCUGGAGAACACUCUGGGGGUGGCCGAGUGCUCCUGCAGCCUGGUGGUCUUUGACAAGGACGACAUGGGUCUGCUGGAGAGUCUGACCAACCAGGCGAACAAGGAGAAGCUGAUUUUGUAGGAAGUCUGCUUGAGCUGCUGCCACGACAGAUUCCCUUUGCUCGCCUGCUGACCUUAAGCUGCAUGCCACCGACAAUACGUUUUGAGGUUUUGGACGUCACACAAUAAAGAUGUUUACUGACUCAAAUUUCAGAUUUUGAUUAAUCAAAUAUAAUUUGCAGUUUUCAACUUGCCUUUACUAAUUACUAAUUGGUUCUGGCAAUACAUCAAGAGACCACAAGAGGUCAGACUCAUUCUCAUCUUUGUGUAGGGCUUUUUGCUCCAAAAGCAGAUUAAUGUUUGGUCUGAUGCUUUGCUUUCUAAAAAGCAAUCUCACUUUAAUCUUUUCUCAGAAUGAGUGUGUCUCCACACACAAUUAAAAAUAAAUAAACCUUUUAAUACACAGUCCACAAUCACACUGCCAAUAUGGCGGUUUGCUGCAAUCUAUGCAAGUAAAUGAAUCUAAAUGUCACUCAUGCCGUCUCGCUUUCCCCAGUUUGUCCUGGUGUUUUCCACUGUGGAAGAAAAAAAAAAAUGCCUCGAGAUGUA